AUGGAGCGCUUCAUGAGGGCCGUGCCCUUCUGGCAGCCAUUGCAGGAGAAGGAGAUUCUGCCCACGGCCGAGUCCGACCUGGAGGAGGAGAUGAUGGGCAAGCGCUGGCGGGAUGCCGCCCUGGGUGCCCUGCUCCUCAUCGGAGUGGCUGUGGCCAUGGCCCAGUUCUUCGCUGCCGUCGGGAACUGCGUGGCCCAAAGGACGGCGUCGAAGAAACUUGUCGCUUCAAGAAGGAACGCCUCUGUGCUAACAGUCGCCGAGACCAGGCCAAUGCUGAAAGCGCCCGAGGAAGAGUGUGCAGGCUCCGCCGAGGGGGCAGAGACUCUCGUGUUUCCGGACUGCGAUUCCGCCGCUGGGACUCAGUUCUUCUGCCUGCUGCAUGCCGCCGUUUACUAUGUCCUGCACAACGGAUUCCUCUUGGCCGGGGCGUCAGUGCCAACAGGGGAGCUAGAGCCCAACAGCAGGAAAUGCCCUGCGACGCCCCCGACUGGCCCCUGCGGGAGUGCAAGACCAGUGAAUCUUCCCCAUCGAAUGCUCAUGAUGAUGCUUGCGUUCGUUGUAGGCAUUAUGGAAUCGGCCGGGCUUGCCUUUGCUGCACCACUGUGCGAGCUGAAGAAAGGGAUGAGCCGCGGCACAGCUGCGGCCGGACAUUUGCUACGUCCUUUGGGAAGUCGGCGAAGCACUUGUCACGAUGUGCCUACUUGCGAGCCGAAGCUCGAAGACGAUGUGGGCGAGCGUGAAAGUGGUCUAGGCCAUCCGGGAACGGCCCCUGCAACCACGCUCGCCAAGGUCCUGAUGUCGUGGUGCAUGGUGAACAACCUGAUGCUCGGAAGCGCGGGCAUUGUCUGGGAGGCCAUUGGUCUGUGGCUGGUCGCCAGCCUCUCAGCCGUGCUGGCAGUGGACGUCCUGGGCUACCUUGGCCGCGCCAUUCAGGCCCUGGAAAUGCUGCCCCGCGGCUGCGUGGAUUGGCCGGAAGGUGCCAAGCCCCGUGAUGCCAAUGCUCAUGUCUGCCCGGAGCUCGUGGAAGCAUUUGUGGAGCAGAUAUGGAACACGCUCACCUCUGCCUGGGCCACGUCCAUCUUCACUUCCUCUGCUCCCGAAAUCCGCAGA